AUGAAGUUCUCCAUCGUCGCCACCGCUCUCCUUGCCCAGGGCAUUGCCGCCAUGCCCUGGACCUCCGUCAAGAGCCAGUCCAACGGCGAAGAGAUUACCCUGCGAAUCCAGGUCUCCGGAGCCGGCUCCGAAUCCAAGUACACCCCCGAGCCCAAGGGCGCCAUCGACCUCAAGAACGCCGACGUCUGCCUCAAGGUUUGCUGGCCGGACAAGCCCCAGUGCCCCGAGGGCUGGAACGCAAAGAAAUUUGGAGACAACGAUUACCCUUGCUGGACUUGCUGCAAGACCUACAAUGAGGGCGACCUUUAG